AUGGCAUCCGUGUCUGUAGCCAAUACAAACUUCUCUCUGGAACUGUUCAAGAUGAUCACAGAGACCAACAAAACGGGCAAUGUUUUCUACUCCCCUCUCAGCAUCUCCUCUGCCCUGGCCAUGGUGUUCCUGGGUGCCAGGGGCAACACUGCCACUCAGAUGUCAGAGGUGACUCAGUGUGACCCAUUUUCAGGAAUUCCAUCAAAACGACACACAAUAAAACAUAAUCAUCCUGAUUGACUCAGUUGGUAGAGCCAGCACUGUGGGUUCGGUUACCAUGACCAACCACACAUAAAAUGUAUGCACACAUGACUGUAAGUAACUUUGAAUAAAAGCUUCUGCUAAAUGGCAUAAUAUAUAUAUAUAUAUAUAUAUAUAUCAUCCAACUAUACUUAUGUUGUCCUAUUUACAUUUUAGUCAUUUAGCACACGCUCUUAUCCAGAGCAACUUACAGUUAGUGAGUGCAUACAUUUUCAUACUUGUCCCCCGUGGGAAACGAACCCACAACCCUGGCGUUGCAAGCUCCAUGCUCUACCAACUGAGCACAUUUCCAGCAUCGUGGUACAGGAAUGAUUCGGCUGCAGAUACAGUAUGUUAUCUAUAACUAAAAGGGGAAGAUGUGUUACAAUGUGAGAUCUAUUGUAGAUCUCCCAUUUGUAAUUGUAAAACAUAUUCUCUUUUUAGUCAUAUAUAUCCGUUCAAAAGUUUGGGGUCACUUAGAAAUGUCCUUUUUUUUUUUUGUCCAUUAAAAUAACAUCAAAUUAAUCAGAAAUACAGUGUAGACAUUGUUAAUGUUGUAAAUGGCUAUUGUAGCUGGAAACGGCUGAUUUUUAAUGGAAUAUCUACAUAGGCGUACAGAGGCCCAUUAUCAGCAACCAUCAGUCCUGUGUUCCAAUGGCAUGUUGUGUUUGCUAAUCCAAGUUUAUCAUUUUAAAAGGCUAAUUGAUCAUUAGAAAACCCUUUUGCAAUUAUGUUAGCACAGCUGAAAAACUGUUGUGCUGAUUUAAAGAAGCAAUAAAACUGGCCUUCUUGAGACUAGUUGAGUAUCUGGAGCAUCAGCAAUUGUGGGUUCGAUUACAGGAUCAAAAUGGCCAGAAACAAAUAACUUUCUCUGAAACUCGUCAGUCUAUUCUUGUUCUGAGAAAUGAAGGCUAUUCCAUGUGAGAAAUUGCCAAGAAACUGAAGAUCUCGUACAAUGCUGUGUACUACUCCCUUCACAGAACAGAGCAAACUGGCUCUAACCAGAAUAGAAAGAGGAGUGGGAGGCCCCGGUGCACAACUGAGCAAGAGCACAAAUACAUUAGAGUGUCUAGUUUGAGAAACAGACGCCUCACAGGUCCUCAACUGGCAGCUUCAUUAAAUAUUUUCCCGCAAAACGCCAGUCUCAACGUCAACAGUGAAGAGGUGACUCCGGGAUGCUCACCUUCUAGGCAGAGUUGCAAAGAAAAAUACAUAUCUCAGACUGGCCAAUAAAAAUAAAAGAUUAAGAUGGGCAAAAGAACAGACUUAGAAGGACAGCAUCCCUGAGUCGCCUCUACACUGUUGCUUUUCUUUCGAAAACAAGGACAUUUCUAAGUGACCCCAAACUUUUGAACGGGGGUGUGUGUGUGUGUGUGUGUGUGUGUAUAUGUAUGUAUGUGUGUGUGUAUGUAUGUAUGUGUGUGUGUGUGUGUGUAUGUAUGUAUGUAUGUAUGUAUGUAUACAGUGAGGGGAAAAAAGUGUUUGAUCCCCUGCUGAUUUUGUACGUUUGCCCACUGACAAAGAAAUGAUCAGUCUAUAAUUUUAAUGGUAGGUUUAUUUGAACCGUGGGAGACAGAAUAACAACAAAAAAAUCCAGAAAAACGCAUGUCAAAAAUGUUAUAAAUUGAUUUGCAUUUUAAUGAGGGAAAUAAGUAUUUGACCCCUGUACUUGGUGGCAAAACCCUUGUUGGCAAUCACAGAGGUUGGACGUUUCUUGUAGUUGGCCACCAGGUUUGCACACAUCUCAGGAGGGAUUUUGUUCCACUCCUCUUUGCAGAUCUUCUCCAAGUCAUUAAGGUUUUGAGGCUGACGUUUGGCAACUCGAACCUUCAGCUCCCUCCACAGAUUUUCUAUGGGAUUAAGGUCUGGAGACUGGCUAGGCCACUCCAGGACCUUAAUGUGGUUCUUCUUGAGCCACUCCUUUGUUGCCUUGGCCGUGUGUUUUGGGUCAUUGUCAUGCUGGAAUACCCAUCCACGACCCAUUUUCAAUGCCCUGGCUGAGGGAAGGAGGUUCUCACCCAAGAUUUGACGGUACAUGGCCCCGUCCAUCGUCCCUUUGAUGUGGUGAAUUUGUCCUGUCCCCUUAGCAGAAAAACACCCCCAAAGCAUAAUGUUUCCACCUCCAUGUUUGAUGGUGGGGAUGGUGUUCUUGGGGUCAUAGGCAGCAUUCCUCCUCCUCCAAAUACGGCGAGUUGAGUUGAUGCCAAAGAGCUCGAUUUUGGUCUCAUCUGACCACAACACUUUCACCCAGUUCUCCUCUGAAUCAUUCAGAUGUUCAUUGGCAAACUUCAGACGGGCCUGUAUAUGUGCUUUCUUGAGCAGGGGGGGACCUUGCGGGUGCUGCAGGAUUUCAGUCCUUCACGGCGUAGUGUGUUACCAAUUGUUUUUUGGUGACUAUGGUCCCAGCUGCCUUGAGAUCAUUGACAAGAUACGUCGGGACUACCGGCCGUGGUGACUCCUUGCUAUCCCCAGUCCGCCUGGCCUUGCUGCUAUUCCAGUUUAAACUGUUCUGCCUGCGGUUAUGGAACCCCUACCUGUCCCAGACCUGCUGUUUUAAACUCUAAUGAUCGGCUAUGAAAAGCCAACUGAGAUUUAUUCCUGAUUAUUAUUUGACCAUGCUUGUCACUUAUGAACAUUUUUGAACAUCUUGGCAUGGUUCUGUUAUAAUCUCCACCCGGCACAGCCAGAAGAGGACUGGCCACCCCUCAUAGCCUGGUUCCUCUCUAGGUUUCUUCCUAGGUUUUGCCUUUCUAGGGAGUUUUUCCUAGCCACCGUGCUUCUACACCUGCAUUACUAGCUGUUUGGGGUUUUAGGCUGGGUUUCUGUACAGCACUUCGAGAUAUUAGCUGAUGUAAGAAGGGCUAUAUAAAAUAAAAUUGAUUGAUUGAUUGAUUGAUUGAUUGAUUGAUUGAAGAUCCUCCCGUGUAGUUCUGGGUUGAUUCCUCACCGUUCUCAUGAUCAUUGCAACUCCACGAGGUGAGAUCUUGCAUGGAGCCCCAGGCCGAGGGAGAUUGACAGUUCUUUUGUGUUUCUUUCAUUUGCGAACAAUCGCACCAACUGUUGUCACCUUCUCACCAAACUGCUUGGCGAUGGUCUUGUAGCCCAUUCCAGCCUUGUGUAGGUCUACAAUCUUGUCCCUGACAUCCUUGGAAAGAUCUUUGGUCUUGGCCAUGGUGGAGAGUUUGGAAUCUGAUUGAUUGAUUGCUUCUGUGGACAGGUGUCUUUUAUACAGGUAACAAACUGAGAUUAGGAGCACUUCCUUUAAGAGUGUGCUCCUAAUCUCAGCUCAUUACCUGUAUAAAAGACACCUGGGAGCCAGACAUCUUUCUGAUUGAGAGGGGGUGAAAUACUUAUUUCCCUCAUUAAAAUGCAAAUCAAUUUAUAACAUUUCUGACAUGCGUUUUUCUGGAUUGUUUGGUUGUUAUUCUGUCUCUCACUGUUCAAAUAAACCUACCAUUAAAAUGAUAGACUGAUCAUUUCUUUGUCAGUGGGCAAACGUACAAAAUCAGCAGGGGAUCAAAUACUUUUUUCCCUCACUGUAUAUGUAUAUGUAUGUAAUGUAUGUAUGUAUGUAUGUGUGUAUAUAUAUAUAUAUAUAUAUAUAUAUAUAUAUAUAUGUAUCUCUACUGAUAAUCACUGAACAAAAAUAUAAAUGCAACAAUAACAAAUAUUUUACUGAGUUACAGUUCAUAUAAAGAAUUCAGUCAAUUGAAAUACAUUCAUUAGGCCCUAAUCUAUGGAUUUCGCAUCUGGGAAUACAGAUAUGCAUCUGUUGGUCACAGAUAGUGUUUGUUGUCCGUAGUUUAUGCCUGCGGAGGAUGAAUGGCACGACAAUGGGCCUCAGGAUCUCGUCACAGUAUCCCUGUGCAUUCAAAUUGCCAUCAAUGAAAUGCAAUUGUGUUCAUUGUCCGUAGCUUAUGCCUGCCAUACCAUAACCCCACCGCCACUAUGGGGCACUCUGUUCACAACGUUGACAUCAGCAAACCGCUCGCCCACACGACGCCAUCUGCCCGGUACAGUUGAAACCGGGAUUCAUUCGUGAAGAGCACACUUUUUCCAGUUUGCCAGUUGCCAUCGCAGGUGAGCAUUUGCACACUGAAGUUGGUUACAAUGCCGAACUGCAGUCAGGUCAAGACCCUGGUGAGGACGACAAGCACGCAGAUGAGCUUCCUUGAGACGGUUUCUGACAGUUUGUGCAGAAAUGCUUUGGUUGUGCAAACCCACAGUUUCAUCAGCUGUCCGGGUGGCUUGUGCAAACCCACAGUUUCAUCAGCUGUCCGGGUGGCUGGUCUCAGAUGAUCCCGCAGGUGAAGAAGCUGGAUGUGGAGGUCCUGGGCUGGCGUGGUUACACGUGUUCUGUGGUUGUGAGGCCAGUUGGCAUUCAAUUAUCUGGCAACAGUCGGCAUACUAAUUCCCUCGAUUUGAGACAUCUGUGACAUUGUGUUGUGACAAAACUGCACAUUUUAGUGGCCUUUUUAUUGUCCCCAGCACAAGGUGCACCUGUGUAAUGAUCAUGCUGUUUAAUCAGCUUCUUGAUAUGCCACACCUGUCAGGUGGCAAAGGAGAAAUGCUCACUAACAGGGAUAAAAAUAAAUUUGUGCACAACAUUUUUAAAUAAAUAAUAUUUCUUUCCAUAUGGAAAAUGUCUGGGAUUUUUUACAUGAUGCGUUUUAUAUUUUUGUUCAGUGUUUUUGAUCAAAUAGUUUGAUGGACUGUUCACUAGCGACAGAUUGGAUAAUGGAGGCUAGCCUUUUAGUUUUUGUCAUAUCAUCCUCUGUAAUGUUAACUAAGGUUCAUUUAAUUAACAGUUCCACUCACCCUAUGUUGUCUCAACUUUCGUCAAUUUAAAAAGGCUCUAAAUGGGUUCUUUCACUGGAAAGGUUUUUCACAGGGGGUGUUCUGUGAUGAAUAGGAAUGGGUGUGGCUGACACGGGUAACCUAUCCACGGUGACUCACAGAAGAUGUCCUUGUAGUCAUCAGAUAUGUUCUGGCUCAACUGAGGUUUUUUAUUUGAGGACAGCCUUUUACUGUGGCAACAUGGAGUGGUAUAAAUAAAGGUGUCUAUAUUGUAAAGUAAUAUCUCUUAUCAGGCUCUCCGCUCCACCUAUUUGUUUUAGGCUAUAGCUAGUAGUUAUGACAGAAAAACGGUUGCGUUAUCAGGGGGGCGAGGCCCUGACACGAACAAACGGAACAAAAGCUUCUUUGCAUGGACUGAGCAUAUAGGCAAUCACUACCUGUAGUGAAGCAAGCAAGAGCAGUAGGGUAAAGUUGAAGUCAUAAAAUGGGAGAGUCUCGAGUAAAUGAGGGUGGGACACUAAUGGGGAUGCCUUCCUUUUGAGUAAUGUUCACAGAACAAAUAUGGCAGGGGUGGUCUCAAUUUCCUGUCAAGGACUCAACGCUCAUGGUGUAACGCACUACAUUUUUUAAAUGAUUAUUUCUGUAGCCUACUCAGCUCUCCAGACACACACACACACACACACAGUGUCAUAUUCCACCCACUCCGCACUUCUAUGCCGUUCAUAAAUGAUUGUCUCACUGACAUCCUCUAGGUCUCUGCUUUACCAAAGCAGACAAACCUAAAGAGGCUAAAGCCAACCGAACGAGUGUGCUCGCACACUCCCUUUUUAAAAAGACCUUUGCUUGAAAAACUAGAAAAAAGCUUGUCCAUCUUGAGAUGCCGUAGUAAUGGGCAAAAAAUAUAUACAGUUACAUUUCGGGAUAUUAUUUUUGACGAUGUAUCGUAUCAACAAUAUCGCAAUAUUAUUUUAGCGCUAGUUGGCUAUGCCUGCAACAAAACUCCAGUGUUUUUCCUUCAUAGCUUGUUCAACCUUCCCAAGUUCUCUCAUGUCACCCCGCUCCUCCGCCCACUCCACUGGCUUCCAGUUGAGGCUUGCAUCUACUACAAGACCAUGGUGCUUGCCUACGGAGCUGUGAGGGGAACGGCACCUCCUUACCCUUCAGGCUCUGAUCAGUCCCUACACCCAAACGAGGGCACUACGUUCAUCCACCUCUGGCCUGCUGGUCCCCCUACCUCUGCGGAAGCACAGUUCCCGCUCAGCCCAGUCAAAGCUAUUCGCUGCUCUGGCACCCCAAUGGUGGAACAAGCUCCCCCACGACGCCAGGACAGCGGAGUCACUGACCACCUUCCGGAGACACUUGAAACCCCACCUCUUUAAGGAAUACCUGGGAUAGUAUAAAAGUAAUCAUUCCCCCCCAUUAAAAAAAACAAAAAAAAAACAAGUGGUUGUCCCACUGGCUAUCAUAAGUUCAAAGCACCAAUUUGUAAGUCGCUCUGGAUAAGAGUGUCUGCUAAAUGAUGUAAAUGUUUCUGUCUUUUUAAAUAGGGAGCUAAUUUUGUUUUCAGCACUUUUAUUUCCAUGACUGAUCAAAACUUGUUUUCUCUAGUCCCUCUGUAGCAGACAUACAGUAUGUUGAGCAAUAUGUUUGGAACAUCGACUCGCAAUAAAAUUACAGUAUCGAAUCGCAAUACAUAUAGAAUCAUGAGAAUCACAAUAGAUAUUGUAUCGGCACCUAAGUAUGGUGGUAAUUUCGUAUGGUGAGGUCCCUCAGUGUGGUGAUAAUAUGGUAUGGUGAGGUCCCUCAGUAUGGUGAUAAUACGGUAUGGUGAGGUCCCUCAGUGUGGUGAUAAUAUGGUAUGGUGAGGUCCCCCAGUAUGGUGAUAAUAUGGUAUGGUGAGGUCCCUCAGUGUGGUGAUUAUAUGGUAUGGUGAGGUCCCCCAGUAUGGUGAUAAUAUGGUAUGGUGAGGUCCCUCAGUGUGGUGAUAAUAUGGUAUGGUGAGGUCCCUCAGUAUGGUGAUAAUAUGGUAUGGUGAGGUCCCUCAGUAUGGUGAUAAUAUGGUAUGGUGAGGUCCCUCAGUGUGGUGAUGGUAUGGUGAGGUCCCUCAGUAUGGUGGUAAUAUGGUAUGGUGAGGUCCCUCAGUAUGGUGAUAAUAUGGUAUGGUGAGGUCCCUCAGUAUGGUGAUAAUAUGGUAUGGUGAGGUCCCUCAGUAUGGUGGUAAUAUGGUAUGGUGAGGUCCCUCAGUAUGGUGAUAAUAUGGUAUGGUGAGGUCCCUCAGUAUGGUGAUAAUAUGGUAUGGUGAGGUCCCUCAGUAUGGUGAUAAUAUGGUAUGGUGAGGUCCCUCAGUAUGGUGAUAAUAUGGUAUGGUGAGGUCCCUCAGUAUAGUGAUAAUAUGGUAUGGUGAGGUCCCUCAGUAUGGUUAUAAUAUGGUAUGGUGAGGUCCCUGGUAAUUCCCAGCUCUAGUAGCUUGUAUACGCUUUCUCAAAUGAGAACCUGCAUGAAAACGAGUCUUCUCUCGUUGAAUGGCAACAAACACUUCAUUGAAGAAUCCCUACUGUUGACCAAUCACCGACGAAGGGGCCAAACUUCGACUACCAAACUUCGGCUUGCCUCAAGAAAACAUUUUGUGUGCAUGAACAGCCGAAAAAAAACCUUACCAAAGACCAAAACGAACAAGAUGUUAUCAUUUUAAUAUAUGCAGAAACUGUUCCGGACGGGAAGCAUUCUGACACCUUAACCCAGGACUACUCCAGCAAGUACAAAGCCCCAGCUUCCACUGGUUCUGAUGAAGGUGCUAAUACCUGUAUAUAGUAAGGAAUGAGUAACCUAGGGGGGGUCAAAGGGUGUUUGCUGCCUGAUACCGUUGGGCUGUUGGUGAGGUAGUCAACUGGGGUGUAUUCAUUAGUCGCAGAUUGUAGUAAAAUGUUUGGACUGUUGCGAAACUUUCUGAAACGGGGAGGGACCUACCUACCUGAAUUUGCCCCAAUAGAAACUUGUUUACUUUGCAAAGCGUUUUCCGUUUGGAGUAAACGGUUUCCAUUGCAACAGACCAAACGUUUUGCUACGGUGUGUGACUCAUGAAUACACCCCUGGUGGGAACAACAGUAGUACCUUGUUCCCACCAGGGUUGUAUUCAUGAGUCACAUGGGUUGGUGUUUUCUUUCUUCUAUGUGGUUUAUUUAUGUGUAUAAGGGAUAUUAGCCCCAUACAUAAAUCAUCCUAUAGUAUAGCCUAUACAAUAAGGUAGCUUAGUGGUUAAGAGCGUAGUGCCAGUAACCGAAAGGUCGCUGGUUCUAAUCCCCGAGCCGACUAGGUGAAAAAAUCUGUCGGUGCCCUUGAGCAAGGCACUUAAUCCUAAUUGCUCCUGUAAAUCGCUCUGGAUGAGAGCGUCUGCUAAAUGACUAAAAUGUAAAAAUGUAAAUGUGUAAGUACUAGUGGCAGUAGUACUACUAGUAGCAGAAGCAGUAGUAGUAGUAGUAGUAGUAGUAGUAGUAGCAGUACUAGCAGUAGUACUACUAGUAGCAGAAGCAGAAGCAGUAGUAGUAGUAGUACCUAUUUUCUCUUCUAUCAGGUUUCUUCUUCUCUCUUCUUCUUCUCUGUUUCAACGUGUCGUUAUUUAUAACCCUUGAUAAACAGUUUAUAUAAAAAUAACAAAAAAAACGGAAACAGGAAAGUCUGGUUACAAACCAAUAAUUUCUUAUCAGUUUGAAAGCAACAUGAACGUAAUCUGGGCUUGUCCAACCCCACAAAAAUGUCAAAACGACAGAAAUUGAUGAUGUCAUAGGAAGAUGCUACCACAAUGUCACAUGAUGUAUUUUUCUAUUCCUGUCUGCAGUCCCUGCACCUCCACAAAGCUACGGAUGACGUCCAUGUCGGCUUCAGCAAACUCAUGAGUGAACUGAACAAGGAGGGAGCCCCGUACGCACUGAGCCUGGCCAAUCGCCUGUACGGAGAGCAGUCUUACCAGUUUGUUGAGGUAACGUCCACAAUGUACAGUGGGUGGAGUAAGUGUUUGUCUCAAAUUGGAUAUUUUUGCUCAAUCUGAAUUGACCCCAAUGACUCAGUGUAUUAGGAGGUGAAAGGUCAUUAUGCAUUUCAUUGGAAAAUGGCCUAAUGCUGACAAGUUGUCAGCAAAAAGAUACACAACACUAGCAUUUUCCAGUAUGUUCUAUACAUUCUAUGAUUAUAACUGUACAAACUGUCUGUUGUAGACUAGACUCUUAUUUUAGGUACUAAGGGGUUGAUAAAGCUAGGAUGUUGACUGUCUUAAUCGAUGUGUCUCUGGUAAAUGUGACAGACUUUCCUCGGCGACACCAAGAAACACUACAAUGCUGAGCUGGAGUCUGUGGACUUCAAGUCCAAUGCGGAGACUACCAGAAAGAACAUCAACGCCUGGGUGGAGAAGCAGACCGCUGGUGAAUAGAGGCCGAACGUUGUCUCCAUGUGCACAAUAGCAUUAACUCUGUUUAUCAACAGCCUAUGUAUUCAUGAUAUUAUUCACUGAAAUGUUUAAUGCUAAAUAUUCUCAAAUUCGGUGUUAAAAUCUAAGGGACCACUAGAUUGAGAAUGAAUUGAUUUCAUCCAUUAGGUGUCAAUGAUGUAUCUGCUGUGUUUUGUUACAUUGUAACAAGGCGUAGUAAGAAAGUAACUAUCACCGUAACUAAUUAUCUCUGUAUUUUGUAGAGAAAAUCAAGGACCUGUUGGCGGAGGGGGUUGUCGACCACCUGACCAGACUGGUGUUGGUGAACGCCAUCUACUUCAAAGGCAACUGGGAGAAGAAGUUCAAGGAGAGCAGCACCAGCGAUGCCCAGUUCAAACUGAACAAGGUACCAACCAGCUUGGCAAACGGAACCGAUUGUUCUAAUGUCUGCGCAGUGAACAUGUAGUUACACCACUGGUGAUCACUCAUCAUGAGUCUUUAGAGCAGCGCUUCUAAAGCAGAAGAGCUGACUUUCACCGAACUGCAUAACCUUUCUGUUCAAUUAUUACUGGAUAUCAAAUUGGUAUUUACAGUCUUGUCCCAUUGCUGCAACUCCCCUACGGACUCGGGAGAGGCGAAGUUCGAGAGCCAUGCGUCCAACGGAACAUGACACUGCCAAGCCGCACUGCUUCUUGACACAGUGCUCGCUUAACCCGGAAGCCAGCCGCACCAAUGUGUCAGAGGAAACACCGUCCAACUGGCGACCGAAGUCAGCUUGCUGGUGCUCGGCCCGCCACCAGGGGUCGCUAGAGCGCGAUGGGAGAAGGACAUCCUGUCCGGCCAAACCCUCCCCUAACCGGGACGACGCUGGGCCAAUUGUGCGUCGCCUCAUGGGUCUCCCGGUCACGGCCGGCUGUGACACAGCCUGGUAUCGAACCCGGGGCUGUAGUGACGCGUCAAGCACUGCGAUGCAGUGCCUUAGACCGCUGCGCCACCCGGGAGGCCUGGACCUUUCUUAUGCAACUGUUACUGUAGUCUGUUGGUCGUCCCUCCCCUGAUGAAACUCUCAGUCCAAUAACAAUGUGUCAGGAACAUUUGUAGCUUGCUUCACUUUCAUGACAAUCGAUGAGUAACUUUUGCCACCAUGGUGAAAUGAUUGUGUUGUCACAAAAGUAACUCAAGAGAAGGCAACUGUUUUGAAAAAAGUGUGACCCCCCCCCCCCCCCCCCCCCCCCCCCCCCCCCCCCCCCACCUUUCCUUUCAUUGGAUCCAGAAUGAGAGUAAGCCAGUGAAAAUGAUGCACCAGAAGUCCAAGUUCCCCCUGACCUUCAUCCCUGAGGCCAGCUGCCAGAUCCUGGAGCUGCCCUAUGUAGGGAAGGAACUGAGCAUGCUCAUCAUGCUACCCAACGACAUGGAGGACAACACCACUGGGCUGGAGAAGGUAGGACUCGUUUGCACUCACAGUUGUCAGCAACAUGGGUUUGUGGCCUACACAAUAAACCGUUAACUGCACGUCAAAUACCUGCAUUUGCGUCUGCAUAACAGCAUUGUGGUCAUCACAGAGGUUCUCAGAGGGUUAGCUCACAGCCAAAUCAGUCUGUCAUUUUCAUACUUUAGAGGUGUCAAAGUCAUGACUUAGUCUCCUGCCCCCCAACACAGCUGGAGAAGCUGCUGACCUACGAGAACUUUGUGGAGUGGACCAGGCCCGACAUGAUGGACACGGGGGAGGUUCAGGUGGGCCUGCCCAAGUUCAAGCUGGAGGAGAGCCUGGACCUGAAGGGCUUGCUGGUCAGCAUGGGCAUGACGGACGCCUUCGACCACUCCAAGGGCGACUUCUCGGGCAUGUCGCCCAGCGACGACCUGGUGCUGUCCAAGGUGGUGCACAAGGCCUUCGUGGAGGUCAACGAGGAGGGCACAGAGGCGGCGGGAGCCACAGCCGCCAUCAUGGUGAAUCGCUGUGCUUUGAGGAUGCCCGUAUUCGUCGCCGACCACCCCUUCCUCUUCUUCAUCCGCCAUAACCCCACCCAGAGCAUUCUGUUCUACGGUCGCUACUGCUCCCCUUAG